AGGCCAUAGUGACCAAAGUUUGCAAAUUUAUCGAUGUAGUUAAUUCAUCGCCCCACUACUUGUUCACCUCAGUGUUUAAAGUAGACGUAGAAGUGUAGUAGCGUUAUAGCUUGUAGCCGUCACGGAAGACGGAGCUGAAUUUUUGAUCUUUCAUAGUAAAAAGAAUGGCACCGAUAUUUAGCAAAUUUGCUACAAGACGCACGUUAGCUGGUGCUUGUGCUUUAACUGCGUUAAUAUGGAUCUUAAAAAAGAGAAACCGGAAACAGGUCGCGAAAUACAGAAAUGCCUGGUCUACUAAUGACAUUCAGUAUGUUAUUAAAGAGGAGGAAAAACCAAAAGGUUCAAAAGCUCAUGUCAAUGUUAGAUUCUUUAGACAAUUAUACCAAUUGCUCAAAAUUGGUAUACCUUCAAUGGUAUCCCUUGAAAUGGCUUUUGUUCUCCUUAUCGCAGGGACACUUACUAUAAGAUCUGUCUGUGAUUUUUGGAUGAUAAACAUGAUCACUUCAGUAGAUGCGUCAAUUCUUAGAAUGGAUAAGCCAUCAUUCAAAAGAAAUCUGUUAAGAUUUUUGUGUUUAAUACCAGUGAUAUCUGUUGUGAACAACGUACUGAAAUAUAGUACAUACGAAACAAAGUUGAGGUUACGUACAAAUAUCACACGAAAUUUAUUGGAUCAGUACCUUAAAGGCUUUACUUAUUAUAAAAUGAGCAAUUUGGAUAGUCGUAUAGCAAAUCCAGAUCAACUUUUAACUACUGAUGUUGAUAAAUUUUGUGAAAGUUGCACGAACCUGUACAGUAAUAUUGCAAAACCUUUAUUGGAUAUUGCUAUCUACGUCUACAGACUUACAACUAAUCUUGGUGGAGAAACACCAUUAAUCAUGCUUUCCUAUCUCAUCUUUGCUGGUGUAGUAAUAACUCAUUUACGUAAACCUAUCGGGCAGAUGACAGUUAAAGAACAACGUCUCGAGGGUGAAUACCGUCAUAUUAAUUCCAGGUUAAUCACUAAUUCUGAGGAAAUUGCAUUUUAUCAAGGAAAUAACAGAGAAAAAUUAACUAUUCUUAGUAGUUUUCAUAAACUUAUGACACAUCUUCGUAAAUGUCAAGAGUUUAAAACUCUUAUGGGAAUAAUUGAUAAUUUCGUUGGCAAAUAUAUGGGAACUGUGGUCGGUUUCUAUGCAGUAAGUAUACCUUUCUUCAUGGAAAACUCUGCGCUCACGGAAACCCCUAACCAUCGUUUUAAGAGUUAUUAUACUUACGGUCGUAUGUUAAUAAAAUUGGCAGAAGCCAUAGGUAGAUUAGUUUUAGCCGGGAGAGAACUGACGCGACUAGCAGGAUUAACUGCAAGAGUGACUGAAAUAAAGGUCGUCCUAGACGAUCUAAAUUCAGGAAAAUACGAAAGAAUAAUGAUUUCCGAUUUUAAAGACGAACCAAUUGGAAGUCCGGGUGAAGGAAGAAUAGUGAACAAAGAUAAUGUCAUAAGAUUCGAUGGUGUGCCUCUAGUAACUCCUAACGGGGAUAUUCUUAUCAAAGAACUAUCAUUUGAAGUGAAAUCGGGAAUGAAUGUAUUAGUUUGUGGUCCAAAUGGAUGCGGGAAAAGUUCUUUGUUUAGGAUACUCGGAGAAUUAUGGCCAGUUUGGAGUGGGACAGUUACCAAACCUCCGCGAGGGAAAUUAUUCUACAUACCUCAGCGUCCUUACAUGACUCUGGGUACCUUGAGAGAUCAAGUAAUUUAUCCUCAUACAAAGACAGAAAUGAUAAGACGUGGACAUAUGACGGACGAAGAUUUAAAGAAGUUGCUAGAUCUGGUUCAAUUGGGCCAUCUAUUAGAGAGAGAAAAUCUUACAAAUAGCGAGGGGCAAGGCUGGGACGUCGUGGCUGACUGGAUGGACGUUUUGUCGGGUGGCGAAAAGCAGCGCAUAGCAAUGGCUCGAGUAUUUUAUCAUAAACCACAGUUUGCAAUUUUAGACGAAUGUACAAGCGCUGUUAGCGUUGAUGUCGAAGAUUCGAUGUAUAUGUAUUGCAGACAGGCAAAUAUUACACUGUUCACAGUAUCGCAUCGACGAUCCCUUUGGAAACAUCACGAGUAUUAUUUGCAAAUGGACGGAAGAGGAAAUUACGAAUUCAAGGCUAUCGAACCGGAUACGGAAGAAUUCGGGUCGUGAAUUUUCAUGACCCUUGCAUCUAAUAAUACUUGCCACAAUGCAAGGGGUUGUCGUUUUUUGUUCAACUAAUUUCGUAUAAUUUAAAUAUAAAUAUGCAGUGUACAGCGCAUCUACAUAUGUAUUAUAUGUAUCUCUGUAUUAGAAUCGUCUAGAUUCACGAAUACUUCAUUAUUGUAUACUGUAUAUUUUUAUAUACUACAUUUUUAUAUAUUGAAUAUUUUUAUAUCAAUGUCUUUUACAACAAAAAAGGUAAAAAGAAAUUGGUAGAAUAGUGUGAAAGAACAUUAGCGUACACUGCAAUUUAGGUCUUAAUGCUAUUGAUUUGUUUAAAAAGAAUGAUUAACGUGUGCUGUCUUGAUACAUGUGUUCUUCCAAUACUACGUCGCGAAGAAAGAAGAAAGCUAUGGGAACAGAAAUCUUUCAGGUGUAACAUUAAGCUAUCGGAAUAACAUAUUUUUGAUACUUAGUUUUUCAAGAUUACACCACAUCAUAAAAUAUUAAAAUGUGUGACAUAUGCAUUAGAAACAAUCUAAUGUAUAUGUAUAUGUGUAUAAAGUUAGUUUAAAUCGUUUUAUACUUUAAAGAUCAAAAAUAAUUAUGAUUUGUUAUGUGUAGAUCACAUUAAAUAAACAUUACCAGAACUUAUAUUGAAUUGCUGGACAAUAAGAAUGUGUAAUAAACUCGGUGAUGAAAAUCGUAUUACGUUAAUAUCAGAUUCUGAAUAUCCAUUAUGAGUAUUGGAAUACUAAAUAUACAAGUAAUAUAUAAAAGUAAAGCAUAAGAAUAUAUUAAAAUAAUAAGUACACAUAUUAUACAACCCAUAAAUCAGAGGUAUAAAAAGAAAUCCUAUAAUUUAAAAAAAAGUAGUUUAUCAUGCUAUAAGUGCUAUAAGAUAUUUCAAUUUCUUCAAACUCAAUAAAGUUGUAAAAUCUAGGUGAUGGAAGAAAUAGCAAUAAAAAGAUACAACAUAUUUAACAAA